GAGGGAGAGGCGGCGGCGGUGGGGGCAGGAGGCUGGCGAGAUGCCAUUCACUCACUCAGCCUCCAGAUAGACACCAGGAGAGGCUGUUUAUACCCGACCCUGGCACUCACCCGCUUCGUUUAUUUAUUAAUUAAUUUAUUUUUUAAGGAAAACAAGUGCCUUCGAUUGUAUUUAUUAUUUUUCUUAUUCCUGGGUCCACCCACCCACACCCUCCCAAAGAUGCCCAGAGGAUUCCUGGUGAAGAGAAGCAGGAAAUCGACCCCGGUCUCUUACCGGAUCCGCUCCGAAGAUGCAGCCCCGAGGCUGGAGACCUUCCCGGCCCCGGUCUCCGGUUGCCCCCGGGGUUUGCCGAGCGGGCUCCCGGCCGUGCCCCGGGAGCGGGAGCUGGAGCAGCCGCCGCCGCCGCCGCCCCUCCCGCAGCCGCCGGUGAGCCGGGAGCACGGACCCCGCUUCUUGAGCCUGGGGUCGCCGGCGGCAGCCGAGUCUUUCCCGGCCGCCCCGCCGUUCGCCGGCGCCCUGGACCGGGCGCUGCUGCUGCUGGCGCCGGCGGACGGCGGGGCGGCUCAGCGCCUUCCCCACCACCACCACCACCACAACAACAACUGCAGUGGGGGGAGUAGCGCCGCCCCGCAGCACAGGCAGAGCGUCAAAGCCGCCGCCCCCAAGAAAGCCAAAGCCAUCAGGAAACUCACCUUUGAGGAUGAAGUGACCACCUCCCCGGUUCUGGGCUUGAAGAUUAAGGAGGGACCGGUAGAGGUGAAGCCGAGGUCGGGUGCAGGAGGAGGAGGAGGGGGUGCAGCAGCAGCAGGAGGAGGAGGAGGGAAACCCCUCGGGGAGUUUAUCUGCCAGCUCUGCAAGGAGGAAUACAUGGACCCCUUCUCCCUGGCGCAACACAAGUGCUCCCGCAUCGUGCGGGUGGAGUACCGCUGCCCGGAGUGCGACAAGGUCUUCAGCUGCCCGGCCAACCUGGCAUCGCACCGCCGCUGGCAUAAGCCCCGGGCCCAGACCCCCGCCACCUCCAGCCCCAAGGGGGAACCCGGCAAAGCCAGCCCCGGGGACGCAGCCGCCAAGGAGCCCGGUGACCGGGACACCCCGAGCCCCGGCUCCGCUCCCUCCGAGUCCGGUUCCGAGGACGGUCUCUACGAGUGCCACCGGUGCAGCAAGCGGUUCCGGCGGCAGGCUUACCUGCGGAAGCACCUGCUCUCCCACCCCGGGGACCCCUACCCCCCGUUCCCCGGCGGGGGGGCGGGCGAAGCGGCCGACAAGAAGCUCCCGGCGCCCGGCCAGCUCCCCAAGGCGGGCUCCGAGUACCAUCCCUGCCAACUGUGCGGCGAGACCUUCCCCAGCAAGGCGAGCCAGGAACGCCACCUCCGCCUGCACACCUCCGAAGUGUUCCCUUGCAAGUACUGCCCGGCCACUUUCUACAGCUCCCCUGGACUCACCAGACACAUCAAUAAAUGCCACCCAUCAGAAAACAGGCAAGUUAUCCUUCUCCAAAUGCCAGUGCGCCCUGCCUGUUAGAAAAGGAAGAGAGAGAGAGACGGGGGGUGACAAACCGUGCCUUUCCUAGUUGCUACUUAGCCACAUCCCGAGAGAGAGAGAGAGAAUAAAAAUCAAAUCAACUUCGCUGUUGUUUUUUUAAACGCUAACGCCUUUCCGUGUACUGUACCUUCAUCUCACAAACUGCACCUUUCACUCAAAACAAUAACAGCUUUAAUGUAGCUUUGUGAUACACUGGACACUUGGAGAUUUUCAGUUGUCUUGAACAAAGCAGUAAUUAGAACAUUCCUUUAGAUUAGCCACAAAUGCCUUGGAUUACUGAUCCGAAUGUUUCACAACAAUGAUGUAAAUGCCUUAAUUUUUCGAAGCUUUCCACGUUUUACCUUCAAUGGGUUUGUUGCAUAUAAUUUUAC